CUCCAGGCGCUGCCCAGCAUCCUAGCGGCGCAGGUUCUCUCCCCCCGCCCGGGGUCCCGCGUGCUGGACAUGUGUGCGGCUCCCGGCGGUAAGACCACCUGGCUGGCCGCUGCCAUGGGGGACGAGGGCCGAGUGGUGGCGCUUGACCGUACGACAGCAAAGGUUGAGGAGAUUCGCUCCCUUGCUCGCGACUUCGGGCUGACGAGUGUGGAGGCGCACCGGGCGGAUGCCACCCAGGCGGUGCGGCUGCAGCAGCAGCACACGGAGGCGGAGGCGGAAGCGACAGCAGCAGCCCCUUCGUCACCCAGUGAAGCGGCGACACAGGCAGCAGCAGCAGCAGCGGAGGCAAAGGCGGCAGCAGCAGCAGGUGCCGCCAUGCAGGCGGAGGGGGCGCCGGCAGCGGGCUCAUCUGCCCUUCAUCACUCCCCCUCAUCUCCACUGCCAGCGUUGGGUCCGCCUCCCUACCACCCCGCCUCGUUUGACUACAUCCUGCUGGACCCGCCCUGCUCAGCUUUGGGGCUGCGGCCCCGACUGCUGCAUGCGUGGAGCCUGAAGCAGCUCCGCGCCCUCGCCGCCUACCAGCGCUCGCUGCUGCACACCGCCGUACAGCUGCUGGCCCCCGGGGGGGAGCUGGUGUACUGCACGUGUACGAUAAACCCCGAGGAGAACGAGGGGAACGUGGCGUGGGUGCUGGACAGAUACCCCGGCACGCUGCAGCUGCUGCCCGCUGCCCCGCUGCUGGGGCUACCCGGGCUGACGGGGGCGGACCCGGGGACUGGGGCCAGGUGGCUGAGGCAGGAGGAGGCGGAGCUGGUUCAGCGGUUCGACCCGGGUGUGUUGCUGCCGGGCCGCAAACG